AUGGCCGAAGACCUCGACACCUACACCCACCUCCCCCUCACAAUGGACCCCCAAAGUAAAUCCAUCUCCCUCUCCCCACGCGCCGGUCUCUCCAGCGUGCAAACCCGUGCCCUCGAAACCGAACUCGAAGCCCUCAACGCGCUGCACCGCUCCCUGCACGCCAUGGACGCGCCUCACCUGGUCCCGCCCCCUCCUAUCCCCGUAAACCCCAAGCGUUCCGCUCAGGUAUCCAAGCUGCGCGACUCCGGAAACGCCGAGUACAAGAAACAAAAGUACGCCGAGGCCACCAAGUUUUAUACCCUCGGUAUCCAAAUGGCGCUUGCGCGCCCGCUUUGGGAACCCAGCCAGCUGGUCAGGGAGGAGGUGCAUAGUUUGUUUAGUAAUCGGGCGCAGGCGCACAUGUGGUUGCAGGAGUGGCCUGAGGCUGCUGUUGAUGCGGAGGCGAGCGUGGAGGCCAAGAGGGUGGGGAAUGCGAAGGCGUGGUUUCGGCGCGGUAAGAGUUUGUUGGAGAUGGGAAGGUUGGAGGAGGCGAGGGAGUGGGUUGGUCGGGGACUGGAGGUUGAGGGCGAGGAGAAGGAGUUGGCGGAGUUGGGGAGGGAGAUUGAGAAGAGGCUGGAAUUGAAGGCUGGUGUUGGUGCUGGUGCUGGUCAUAAGGAGGAGUGA